CUGUCAUUGUUUACAUCCGUGAGUAAAUAAUGCGGUAAUUAGAGUAAUUAAAAACUAAACAAUUAAGUGAUAAUUAAAUAUAUGAAUAUAUAAAUAAAUAAAUAAAAUGUGCGACGUACCAGAGUCGUACACAAUCGGCGCGAAAUAUCGUGCGGUUAAAAAACGACUCGAUUGUCUAGGUUAUAAACAAUCGUUAUCUCUCGACUCGAUAUCUCUUGUAGAACAACUACUUGCUGAUUUAAUAAAAACAACUGAGAGUUUAAAAUAUUACAAGAGUGUAGCAGCAAAUAAUAUUGAGAACCGCAACCCGCAGACUGGUUUUAAACUCGACAGUUCACUAGAGAGUAAUAAAAUCCACGACGAACUGAUCCAGUGCAAAGAAAAUCAUUUUAAGGUAACGAAAGAAUUAAAGAAAAAAAUUCAGAGGCUGGAGAACGAGUGCGCGGACCUGCAGCUCGCGUCCUCGAGGAAUUUAAAAAGGAUCAAAGAUUUGGAAACUGAGUCCGCGAAUAAGUCCAAGAGGAUCCAGGAACUUCUGGGGAAGUGUUGCAAGCCAACUGUCAGCAACGCACUAGGUAACAAAAAACGAGCGGUAUUUCCAUUGAGAAAACCAGUACUUGAAGCUGAUGAAUUACCAGUUGAUGCGAGUGAUAAUAAUCGAUAUUUGAAUCUCAGUAAAGUCGAUCAGCGAACUGUCGAUUUGGUUUCGAUGGCUGAUAGAAAAAUCAGUUCAUUAAAUCAUGAAGUGUUUAAAUUGAAAGCUGAAUUAUCCCAGCAGAAGGAUAACAUUCAUACUUACAGAGAGCAGCUGUCGUUAAAAGACAAAGAGUUGUAUCGAUUGAAGAAAAUGCUGGAGGCGCGAAUAGGCAACUGCACUUGCAGGAAGAACGAGCGCUGCGUUGAAUGCAACGACGGCUGGAGUGGACAGAAUAAAUUGUCGGAGAUAAAUGAAGUCCGGGUGCUGCAGCAGGCGAAGCUAAACUUGGAGCAGCAGUUAAGAGAUGCCCUGGACAAGCAGCAUGACGCCAUGACCCAGGCGAUGAAGCUGGCGGAGAGAAACGAGGAGUUGGAGAAAGAGCUCAAGGAUAUCGAUCACAUUGCGCUGGCAGUCGAGGCUGAUUGCAAUUCUACUGUCAAGGAAAAUAACAAACGAGUUAGUCAGUUACAGGAAAAAUUAGAAAAUGCGAUGACUCAAAUUCAUCAACUAGAGACAAAUUUACUGGGCGAAAAACGUACGAGUCAAGAACUCCGUGCGGAUUUGGAGAAUUGUCGGGUUGAAAAACGAAACAUUCAACGGAAGCUAGAAGAGGUGCAAGAGGAAAACAGACAACUGAAAAACCGAGUAAAUGAUUUGGAUUUGAUAGCCGAGCACUUGAAUGUCGAAAUCGGUAGACUAUCACACGAAAAUCAGAUUCAGAGAUUUGAGUUGGCGGAGUUACGGGAAGCGAACUCAUUACUUACAGAGCAAUUAGAUAACAGUAAUAACAAUAACAAUAACAAUGAUAAUAACAAAAAAAAUAACAAAACUGACAGUAGAAAAAUAACAAACACUAGAGCUUCUAACAGUAAGAGCACAGGAAAAACUGACAAACGGGCGUCGCAUGACAAAGCCAACGGGAUGAGUAAACAAAUCGCUGAUAGAGAUGACAAAAUAAAACAAUUAGAGAAGACGAUCCAGCAACUGGAGCGGGAUAAAAAUUACUAUAGAGAGGAGUGGAAUAAAUUGUCCAGUCAAAGGAAGGACGCGGACACGACUGAAUUAUGGUCGCAAAUCUGCGAAUUGAAGCAGCAAUUAAAUGAAAAGGAAGCAAAAAUAACAGAGCUGCAGCGCGAACGCAAAGAAUUAGCUCGUGAGAAAUUCGAGCUUGAGAAUAAAUUACAAACAUGCAGAAGUGUGGGCUCCUGCGGCUGCUACUCGACUGACAACGGAUCCAAAGUUUCUCUAAUGCGCUUAGAACGUGAGCGAGAUUCUGCGCGCGCUGAUGCUGAGCGUUUGAUUGAAGAGCGGGAUAUUUUGCGGGAACGUCUCAAGUUGGCGACAGAAGCGCAUACAGGUGAGCAAAGACGACUCAGAGAACGUCUACGCGACUUGGAGCUGAAGUUAGAAGACGUGGAAAGAGAGAAACAUAAUUUUAUACUGAGCCAAGAGAGCAGAAGAUCUGCACUUACUGGGCUUGAAGAUCAGCUGGAAGAUGCUAAGGAAGAAUUGCGAAGAACUAAGCAGGAGUUGGCGGCACAGAGGACUCAAUAUUUUCAAUUGAGGGCGCUGCAAGAUCAAACGGACCAGGCGCUGGGGGACGUGCAGAGUCAGUUACAUCAAUCGGAAGCUGAGUUAGCGAAAGCUGUUGAGCGUAAUAGAAAUUUUGAGCAGCAACAAGUGCAAUUGAACAAUCAAGUAAAGGAUCAGAAACAGGAAAUAAAUACUUUGCGCUCGAGUAUGGCGAGGUUGGAUCGAGAAAAAGAUCAGUUGCUUAUGGAGCUAGACGAGAAGACUGAAAAAAUAUCAGCACUAGAACGCGAAGUUCUUCUAAAAGAGCAACAAACCAACGGUAUUGAGCAACAGCUUCGCGACUUGCAACACAAAAAUCAAAUUUGCAUGGACCAGAGUGCUGAGCAGGAGCGACAGUUGCGCAACAUGCAGAUGGAACUGGAGAACAAUAAUCGUCAAUUGGCGGCAGCAAAUGCGGAUCGGGACAACGCUGUGAUGGAAAAUCGACGGUUGCAAGACGAUUUGGCGGCAGUGACAUGUGAAAUUAGGACACUACAGCGUGAAUUGGAGGCUUCACGUGCUGAGUCCCACGAUCUUAAAAGGCAGUUGCAGACUUACGUCAGUGAAGUACGUCGUGCUGAAGAAUUACUCAACAGAAAAGAAAACGAACGCACUGAAAUGUUAAAUCACUUCCGUAGUCUCAGUUUAGAAGCCACAGUCCUCGAAAACAACAACCACAGUCUCGAGUCCGAAGCCGCAGAAGCUCGAGGCGCACUGCAGUCCGCCCGAGAUCGAUUAAUCGAUCUCGAAAGACAGCUCGCCGACAAAGACUGUCUAAUUCGCGGUUACGAAGCUCAGAUAACAGAGUUGACUCAGAACGUCGCCAGCCUCGAAACCCAAGUGCGCCAGCAACUAGAGCUAAGAACGACAGCCGAAACAGACCUCAACGCAGUCCGCGAUCUCUGCGUCCAACUCGACCAGCAGAAGGAAUCAUUGAAAAAAGAGAUAAUUGACAAAGAGUCACUCAUUGCUCAGUACGAAGCCAAAUUGUCCCGCGUUAAAGUCGAACAGACUCUAGUCCAUGACCAGAAGUCACGCGACCACGUGACCAUAGACCGGCUCCAAAUGCUUCUGGAUCAAGCGCGGCGCGAGUCUGUCGAGUGUCAAAAAAGUAACCAGGAACUUCUCAACGAAAUUGAUAGAAUGAAGCAACGGAUUAAUGAUCUCCAGAAUAAACUAUCAUCAGAGUCCGCGGAAUUAAAACGGUGCCAAAAUCAAGCCGCGGAAUACAGCAACCAGAUCGCGGAUCUCAGGCGGAAGGUUACCGACGAGAGGUUCAAUCGCGCAAGAAAAGAAGAAGAACAUCGAAGAAAUUAUCAUUACGAUCAAAUGCACAUGGCGGGAGAGCCUGCGCAGUCGAUGGGAAUUUCGCCGACGAGAGUUGACUUUAGUUCACCCCAGGAAUUGGGAACUAACCUCAGAUUACAUGAUGGGCCUCCAGGUGCAUCAACGCCGAGGAGUAAUCGUACAAAUGCAGUAACUCAUAAAGACAGAGAUCUCGUUGAUACUUUUACGGAUAUGGAUUCAUUUAUUGUUAAUUAUCAACAAGAGGCGCCAAGUGAUCAACAAAAUCCCGGUAGUUCACAAGAUGGCGGUCGUCUGAAUCCACAAGAUGGCGGCGGUAUCAAUCCGCAAGAUGGCGGUGAUAGAAAUCCACAAGAUGGCGGUAGUAGAAGUCUACAAGUUUCCGCGGGAAAUUCAAAAAAAAGGAGGUUAAGUUUUUUACCAUGUGGUAAAUCUUGUGGACCAGAUGAUAAAGUGACACCGUGUCCUGGUAGUAAACGUGAUAAAGCUAUUGGUACAAAUACAGACAGUAGUAGGAAGCAUAGAAAGAAGACACAGACUGAUAAAAAUUUAUUACAAAGGCCAGAUGUCGUUGAUGUUGAAGUAUCAGUACCUAUUUCAGUUGAUGAAUCUGUUGGAGUAUCAGCAGAUCAAUUACCUGAUAGAUCUAGACCACAGCAAGCUGAUAGAUCUGGUCAUGAUGAUGGUUCAGAUCAGGGUCAUAAUGAUGCUGGUUCAGAGCAGGGACAUGAUGCUGGUUCAGAGCAGGGACAUGAUGAUGGUUCAGAGCAGGGUCAUGAUGAUGCUGGUGCUCAGCAGGUUAAUGAUAGACCUGGACCACAGCCAGCUCGUGAUAGAUCUAGACGACAAGCCGAUAGAUCUAGACCACAGGAAGAACCUGGAGAUGAUCCACAGGAAACUGAUAAUGGAAGAGAACGAAAUAAACGUGGACGUAAAAAAAAAUCAAAGUCACCUCAAGCGUUACCUGACUCGCAACCUGGUCCAAGUGGUUCUCAGAAAAAGGGCAAGAGGUCUAGCAAAGAUGACGAUGACUGCGGAUGUACGGAAAGUAAUAAAUUACGCGAUUGUCUUGUCCAUGAUAUUGAAGAGCCUGAACCAGAGAUCACGGACGAAUUGUUCGAUUCCACUGGAUCGGUGGUCGAGAAAACGUUCGAUGACGUCCACAAUCUGACCCGGACGAUUCAGGAGAGACUGGACUCUAUUAACGAGACGAUAUCCGACGCCCGGACAGACUCUAGACCUACGGGGUCUCGGAGAUCAGGAAGCGCGACCUUUAUUCUGGAAACCAGUCCAUCAACUGACAGAGUUGUCAUUGAGGAAUCCAGCACUUCGCUGGUUAUCGAGACGUCCAGGACACCAAGAACUGGGAGAAGAAGUAGUGGAACACGACCAGUUCCCUCAGCAGCAGAACAAGAACCUGUUACUCCUCAGAGGAGAAUUCCUGCAGCUUCGGUACCUCCGCCUCUGGUCAAAGUUCCUAAGAAACGUCCGGUCAGGAAGACAGUUCCUCAGGUAGCAUCCGCUCCAGUAGCAUCUCCAUUGAGACUACCGGUGCCUGCAGUAACUAGAACUUCACCAGUACAACCUGAACAAGUUCAAGUUCCAUCUAGACCACCAGCUCAAGUACAAGCUAGACCAUCACCUAGACCACCACCAAUCCAACCAUCAACUAGACCACCACCAGUUCAAUCAACUAGACCACCACCAGUUCAACCAUCAACUAGACCACCAACAGUUCAAUCACCCAGACCAGGACCAGUUGAAGCUCCACCUAGACCAGGACCAACUGAAGCUCCACCUAGACCAGGACCAGCUGAAGCUCCACCUAGACCAGGACCAGCUGGAGCUCCACCUAGACCAGGACCAACUGAAGCUCCACCUAGACCAGGACCCAUUGAAGUUCGAGAACCAGCUAAAAAAUCAAAAACCAAAAGACCUACAGCCCAAUGUAAUGUAUCCCGGUGUCAUAAAUGUCCAGGACAAUCGCGAAUACCAACAAGACCAUCACCCCAUGUCCAGUUCCCCCAAAUUUUGAAUCUAUUACCCAUUGGCACGUCAAGUCCCAUCACAAGCCACCACGUGAAUCCUACUUCUAACCCGACCCACCACUACUUCUUACGGUCCCACGCGAAAAAAGUCUACCACACAAAUCCCACCCAAGCCGGGUCUUCCCAGGACUUGCCCACUAGCGCCACCCAGCGGCGCCCCCACUCACCAGAGACCAACAGGCGGCAGCACACGUCCCGUCGCAGGCAGUCACGGGAAAGUUCUUCUUCCGGGUCUUCUAUAAUAAGAAUUAAGCAUAAAAAAAGUCGUAAAUUGUCAACAGAGUCGGAAAAUGGAAGUAAUUGAUAAUAA